UGAGAACAUACACUUUUGGAAUCUACAACAAAAACACCUCCAACAGGGCUCCUUUAUACCUUUUUCGGGGAGACAGUCAAUUCCUCUCGAUUAACAAAGGAUGAAGUAUGAGCCUUCGGACGGUGGCCUUGGGUAGGACUGGAAGAUGGAGCCAGGCCCAGGGUCAGGCUGGGAACUUCUUACCUGUAUCAUCGGUCCAAUCAAGACGCAUAUUAUCUCAAUAUUCAACUUCCAGUAAUGGCUUUUAUACAUCUAACCUUCCGACGACCGACCAUGAUGAAAAUAAAUCAGCCAAAGAUGGGAUUGACAAGAGAACGAGGGAUAAAUUUGCUGAACGAGAAUUUUUAUUUUCAGUUUUGAGCUCAACUUCGACGAAGCGGGAAGCAAGAUCCUACCUCUCACGUUUCAAACCCUGGCCCGGGCAAAGGACGCGCUUAUUCGAACAGCAACCAGAUAGUUCGACCGCGGCUACUACGGACAAGCUUCAAAAUUUUAACUCGUCAUCGACAGGCAUUAAUGGGACGGGUUUAGGUGGCCUCUAUCCACCAACUCGGGCAGUGGGCGAGAGCCCUGUUUUCACCCAACAUGCUGAUAAUUCAUCCUUGAAGCCACUGCUCAACGUGGUUGAGCCUUUACAUGUUGCACUGGUUCAGUUGAGACAGCCGCAGCUCCUCGAUGAAGCGGAACUAGAGGGCAUUGGGCUCACUUUGACCCAACUUGCUCGCCUUGGCAUGGUGAGCGCAGUUGUGUUAGAUUGUGAGAUGAAGGGGGGGACGUCGACUGCAAUCAAGGACAGUGGGCUUGAGCGUAAACUUGUCGUCGAGCAGGCUGAGCGCGUUCUUGCCGGCAUUGAGGCAAACCAAUGGUCAAAGGCACGUCGUGUUGACGGUGUUAUUGGCAUUCCAUCCAAAAAAGAGCAAACUCAGCGCUCAAAUGCGCUCUACACUCAGGCGCGAGUGACUUCUCGAGAGUCAUUACUAACCCCCAUGAGAAGAGGCAUUAUUCCUGUCAUUACUCCGAUCGCUUACACAAUGGACACUCAAACCGCCACUCUAAUAUCAUCCGAUGAAUUAUUCAUGGCUUUGACAAAGGAAUUUGUUGGCAUUACCACGCCUUCAUGGAGCCCAUCCGGAGCUUACCAUGCGGACCUCAUUCGAACAUUGCAAAGACAGACCUCCUUGGACAGGCUUAUCAUCCUCGACCCAUUAGGUGGUAUCCCCUCGUCUGAAAGGCCGCAAGGAUCGCAUGUUUUCAUCAACAUGGAGCAAGAGUUCGAUGACAUCAAGGCUGAGCUUAAACGCUACAUGGCAGCAAAGGGACCGGCACGUCAUCUCGCAUCAUCCGAAAAUCUUUCAACAACGGUUGGUUGUGAGGAUCUUGCUUCGUCAAAAAGGUCUCCUGCCGCUGGAGACAAUACUGAGCAUGAUGGACCAAAGGACGCUGGCUCGACUGGAUCUCGCGUCGAAAAAGUUCCAGCUCUGCAGAUGCAUCUUCGCAAUCUUGAGGUUCUGCGAAAAUGUUUGGCCUUGUUACCGCCUACGUCUUCUGCAUUGAUAACAACGCCACAAGAUGCUGCAAACUCUGGUCGGAUCCUGGAUAGUCCCCUUGAGGCCACCGGCGUCGGCACUAGACGGACUCGUAACACACUUAUUCACAAUCUUCUUACGGACAAACCGGCCUUUUCCUCGUCUCUACCCAACCGUCGCUUAGGGCUUCCUCCAGCCAACAAUCCUUUCCUCCAGGAAAGUCCUUCCCCCACCACGAGGGCUACCACGACGUUUGUCAAACGUGGAAUGCCCCUGACAAUUCUUCCCGAUCCACGAGUGGCCCCUUGGCGACCACCUCACCCAGGCAAACCCAAUUUGACUUUGGAUGAUCCAAGAAUAGACCUGAGUCGGUUAAUCAAUCUCAUCGAGGAUUCUUUUGGACGGCCGAUUGAUGUUCGAGACUAUCUAUCGCGAGUCAACGAUCGGAUAGCCGGGAUCAUUAUUGCUGGCGAGUAUGAAGGGGGUGCGCUACUUACGUGGGAAACCCCACCGGGGAUUGAAAUCGAUGAGAAUAAUCCCGAAGCCAGUCGCAUGCGCAUGGUUCCGUACUUGGAUAAAUUUGCCGUUCUACGUCGCAGUCAGGGCGCUGGCGGUGUCGCGGACAUUGUCUUCAAAGCAAUGGUCCGUAGUUGCUUGCCUGAUGGCGUCUGCUGGAGGAGUCGACGGGACAAUCCCGUUAAUAAGUGGUACUUUGAACGGUCCCGAGGCACAUGGAAGCUGCCGGAUUCGAACUGGACCAUGUUUUGGACUACGGAGGACUUACCAGCCUCUUCGCAGACAUUUCUUGACUACGAAGCUGUUUGCCGGACCAUCAUGCCAAGCUGGGCAGAUAACAAGGCCGUGAUGGAUUGAUGUUGGCUUUGUCUACUUUUUCAUUUAUUUUCCCCGUAUAUAUCCCAUAAAAGUAUUUGUACAUGUCAUAGUAUGGCAAUGGCAAUUAGCAUAGCGAUAGGAGGACCUUGUUUAAUGUUUUAGUUCAUAAGGCAUGCCAGUAUGAAGAUGCCAUUGAUUUAUCUAGUUGGCCUUUUUCAUCAAACAGAUGAAUUUUCAAUACAUACAUGACGAUUUGAGCCUUGAUUGUAGUUGGGCGAC